AUGGGCUAUCUAUUCUUUCUGCUGCUGGCCAGCUCCUUCAUUCGUUAUUCAUCUGCAACCUACCGGCUCGUCGAGGACUACUCUGGCGAUGCCUUCUGGCAAGGUUUUGACUUCUUUACCGAUCCCGAUCCUACCGACGGCCUGGUUCAAUACCAAUCACUCGAAUCUGCGAAUGCCACAGGUCUUGCCGGUUUCAUCGAUGGCGACAACUCGACUUAUGCCAUCUUCAUGGGUGUGGAUACACAAAAGGUGACCCCUGAUGGACGAGCCAGUGUCAGAGUCUCCUCCACCAAGUCAUUUCAGCAUGCUCUUGUCAUUGCAGACAUUGUCCAUAUGCCCGGUGGUGUUUGUGGCACUUGGCCUGCUUUCUGGAUGCUGGGAGCGGAUUGGCCAAACAACGGGGAGAUCGAUAUCGUGGAAGGGGUCAAUGAUCAAGCUUCGAACAGUAUGACUCUUCAUACUGCCGCUGGCCCUGUCAUCGAAAAACUCGCGGAUUUCUCUGGCAAUCUGUUGACCGCUGACUGCGAUGUCAACGCUGUGAAUCAACCAAAGAAUGCGGGAUGCUCAAUAGGAGAUACCUCAAACUUGACCUUUGGAUCGGACUUCAACAACGUAGGGGGAGGUGUGUUUGCAACCGAAUGGACAUCGGAAUUCAUCAAGAUUUGGUAUUUCCAACGAGGUACUUUCCCCAGCGAUAUUGUUAGCAGCACCCCAGAUCCCACCAACAAUUGGGGGACCCCGAACUCCGUAUUUCAAGGUCAAUUCAACAUGGACGAUCAUUUCAAGGAUCUGCAGCUGAUUUUCGAUACCACGUUCUGCGGACAGUGGGCCGGUCAAGUCUGGAACUCGUCACCUUGCGCAUCUCUCGCUCCUACCUGUGAAGAAUAUGUGGCCAAUAAUCCGGGUGAUUUCGUCGAGGCUUACUGGGCGAUUAACACUCUUCAAGUCUUUCAAGAUGACCGCGAUGGCCAAGGCAAGGACACUCCCGGGUCUAAUAAUGGCAAGCCCCCAAGUGGUGGACCUCCCGGGUCUCCCGGACCAGGUGCUCAACCUCCGAAGCAAGUUCAACGACGGUCUGGAAAGGGUGUGAUGCCUAUUUAUUUUCAAUGA